AUGUUCCGCGAUGAGAGUAGUUCAGUGAUGAAGAAAGCCAAAGCAGACGCCAAGGCGUCAAGCUCGGCAAGCUCGUCUGUCGCUUCUCGCCCAAAACGGUCACCAACGCGAUCUCCUCGCACUGCUUCCCCAGAUUGGGGUUCUGCGUCCGAGGGGGCUUUCUCUGUGGGUUCAAAGGAGUCCUUUGAUUUCAGUGCGGCCCCACAACCCACUAAUACCGUUACUCAACCCUCCAAUCAAUCCAUACAGCGCCAGUGGCAGAUGCCAAUGGAAGUGCAGCCGGGGGAACCCACCACGCAGGAGGCCGUCUGCUUCUUCUUGCGGUCCAAUACCAUUCCUGGAACUUUAUGGAUGUCGGAAUUCAUGACAUCAUUCCUGUUAUCGCCUAGCUCCUCCCCAGGCCAGCAAGCUAUGCAAUCGGGCUUGACAGCGGUCGCAUCUGCGAUGUUCAGUCGUGUUAAGAAAAUCAACAGCCUCAAUCAUGUUGCGCGGAAGGAAUAUGCCAUGGCGCUCUCAGCCUUAAAUAAAGCAUUGGUUGAUGUAAAAGAAGCGAAGGCCAAUCAAACCCUUGGGGCCGUCGUACUUCUUGCUAUUUAUGAAGUCAGUCCAUGCCCCGAUGUUUCCGAGCCCCCCCCUCGCGGGAAAACUAACGCCACUUGUGGCGCAACUGCCCUUCUCGAUUUACGUGGCCCUGAGCAACUUCAAAGCGAAGCUGGCCUUCGCCUGUUUUUGCACUUGCGAUAUCAGGUUAUUGUUAGCUGCUUUCAGCGUGACCAAAGAGUGCCAGACUCGUUAUUAGAUAGGACAAGAUUCAUCAUGGAUCUCCGGCCCGCCGAAGCCCAUGGCCAUCGGCUGAUUGUAACGAUUGGAAAGCUCUCAAAUUUGCGGGCCGACAUCUUCGCUGGGAAAUUCAGCGAUCCACAGCAAAUAAUAACAGCCGCUUCGGCCAUCGAGGCCGAAUUGAUUGCUUGGCUGGCAUCCCUGCCACCGGAGUUCAGUUAUCAGACAGAAGAGAAGUCGCCCUAUGAUUUCGACUUCCAGUACCGCUGUCGAGGCCUUACCCCUCUUGACAAGCAGUACCAUGUGUACCCCAGCCUGUGGGUAUGUAACUCGUGGAAUCAAUAUCGUAGCGCCCGUAUCCUCGUCAGCGAGAUCAUUCUCUCUCACAUGCGGCAAGUGUCUGAUGCCUCCUCCAUGCGAUCCCUCUCGGAAGAAUUCCGACUGCAUUGCAAAACCUUACGAGCGACGAUCCACCGCCUCGCUGUCGAUACCUGCCGCAGUGUUCCUUUCUACUUUGGGGCCCACCAGGUUGACAGCAAUGCGGGUGUAGCCGUCCCGCCCCCAGAAAGCUACAUUGGCGGCCUCAUGCUGCUAUGGCCCUUGUUCUUGAGUGGGAUAGCUGAGAGCCCGAAUUCACCGGUCCGGCGAUGGGUGGUGCAAUGCUUGAGCAUGAUUGGGAAUAGCAUGGGUCUAGAUCAAGCUCUUGCGCUAGCUGAUCUUGUGAAUUCGGACCCGGGUAUCCUUCGCUCAACCAUUGACGCGGAGGCUGAAGGGACUCGUAUUACCGAUGAGCCUUCCUCGGCCAUGUCGACGUCAAAGCACCCGUUAGCCUUGCGUGCCUCAGAACCCGAGCCAGGCAUUGUGACAGGCAUUGUGGAGGAUCUAUGA